AAUUUCCUUUUUCUGGCUCUAGAAUUAUUUUUUAUUUACUAUAGCUUGAUUCCAUACAGUAUUUUGGUACAACUAUGGAAUUUUCAGCCUGUGAUAUCAGCAUGGUCGGAGAGCGUCCUAAUCGCUGUACCACCGACGCAUGGUAAAUGACUUUGAAAGCCUCUUCAACAUUAAUCUUAGUACAUAUACAUACAUAGGCCGUACAACUAGGUGUGUUUGUCUUCGGAUUCCCGAACAUCACCCUGCAUGGUUGAAUGAAUGGCAAACAAAAUCUAUCCAUAGUGUCAUUCUAUCUCAUCUCGUAGAUACAGAAGACAAAAUUGAUGCUAAAAAGGCUUUCAAAGUAAUUUACUGCAUACCAACAAAUCUUAACUUCAUCUUAAGAAUUCGUCUACUACUUAUUGCUGAGGCUGUUGGAAUCUACAUUAAGAAGCCUAAUAUAUGUGUCCAAAAGAAGCUAGUUCAGACAUUGUCCUUGCCUUGACCUUCUAGGUUUUAAUGAUUCUCAGUUUUUUGUAGAAAUCUCCUAGAUUUUAGUUGAUGUUCUAUCUACUAUUACAUUUUUAUGCUUUUU